CUGAGCAACACGAUCACAUAUGUGAGAUACUAAUAACAAGAUAGGCUACUUAAGACAAAACUGUUAGGGAGAAUCAAACAUGCAUCUGGAGCAGAAAGUACAAUUCCUGGUUGUUCUAGGCUUGGCAGUUUUUUUUCAAGGUGCUAAGUGUUUGGAUCAAGAAGUGAUUGUGGCUUAUGGUUCGGUAGCAGUGCUUCCAUGUGUGGAUGACUCUUCUGAAAAUCCACACCCUUCUGCAGUCUACUGGAGCAGGAUAGUAGACAAUGUAAAGAAGACAGUUUGGCGACGAGAGAAAAGUGGGUUGGAGUUUCGAUCUGUGAAUUCCCCGUCCCGUGUCUACUGCCCCGCUCCAAACUACGGAAAGGGGGAUUACAGCCUUCACAUCACCGGAAUAAUGGACGAAGAUGGAGGACGGUAUGUCUGUAUGGUUGACGGAAAGACUUUGAUGGAGAAAACCGUAAUGCUAAGGAUUGUUAAAGUGUCCUUUUCUCCUCCAAUUGUGAUGGAGGGCUUCCGGCUGGACACAAAAUGCGUUAUCAGUCCCAAACCAGAGAUUAAAAAACUUCAAUGGAAGCUAAAUGGCAAAGCCACGGACAAAGCUGUCUUAAAUAGUGUUUCUCAAAGUGACUCAGGAAACUGGACCUGCCGUGUUUCAUACAACAAUGUUGUUGGAAAGGCAACUGCAUUCUUACAAGUCAGAGGAGUCUCCACUCCUCCAGCAGACUCUUCAAUGGUGUACGCUGCAGUGGGCUCAUCUGUCUCUUUGCCUUGUGUCUUCACCGAGGGUCUGGUCCAACUCUCUGAAAUCUGGAAGAGAAAUUCAACAACGAGGAACUCCUCUCUUCCUCUUCCUUCAUCCUUACAUCAACGGUCCCUUGUGCCUCUUAGUUCUCGGGACGGAUCUGCUUGGAUACAGACAGUGGAGGAUGGAGAUGAAGGAAUAUACACAUGCUCAGGAAUGAUGGAAUUGACGAAUAUAAGAAUGAAAGCACAAAGGAGCAUGCAGCUGGUUACUGCACGAGUUUUGAGCUCCAGCAGCAAAGGACAGAUGACCCUAACCUGUCAUCUCAGCAACUUCAGUCAGGUCACUUCUUAUGAAUGGCUCCGUGUCAUCUAUGGAGUAAACAACACUCAAACAGUGACCUCUGUUAGUACGUCAGAGAGAAUGAAGAUUCCAAAAGUGAGCGAGCAGGACAUUGGUGAAUGGGUGUGCCGGUACUACGGGACGGGAGGACUUCUAGGGAGCGUAACUUACCAGCUGAACAUGAUGGCUUUUACAGGUGCUCAAAUAGGCCAAAGUGAUUCGAAAUCUGGAAACAAAGUUGGUAUGGUGUUUGGAUUUGGAUUUCUGUUCUUUGUGGUAUUUCUGAUUUUGUUCCAGAUGUACAAAAAUUAUCGCAGGAAGAAGAUGAUCCUUCUUUACCCAGCUAUGGAAACUAUUGUCCAUGAAGCAGCCACUGAACAAGAGAGGAUCGAGCGACGCCAUGCAAAGUUAAAUGAAGCUUGUGGUGGAGAUCUUAAAUCGGUGUGUGUGUGAGCGUUUUCUUCAUACUGUUUAUGUGAAGAGCAGAAACCUUUGUGCAUUACUCUAUAUGUCAUUAUUAAUCUAUCCAGGCAAAUCUGCUUUUAAUGCAGACAAUUGUAGCAGUCCAGUUAAACUGUAAAUAUUUUAAUGACAUUUAAAUAUAUAACUUUUGUAUGAACUACGUAUGGUGCAAA